CAUCCUUCGCGGCACCAUGAGUGCUCCCGCCGCCGGCUCCAGCCUGCGGCCGCUGCUGGAGACCCUGGAGGACCCCGGCGCCCCGCCGGGCGAGCUCACCGACGCGCACCUCACCAUCGUCAAUCGCUUGACUGGUGAGGAAGGCAAAGGAUUCACUGCAGAUGUCAGAAAACACUUUCCUCAACUCUGCAAAGUGUUUAAGGCACACAUUUCUAGUCAUAAUGUAGAGCUAAGUAAUGCAGCAUUGCAAGCAUUAGGAUUCUGUGUUUUUAAUUCAAGUAUUACAUCUGAAUUAUCUGCAACAGAAAUACAAGACUUGCUUUCAAUAGUGAACAGUGUUGCUGUAAAAACUUCAGACAAAAACACUCGCACUCGGGCACUUUGGGUGAUCUCUAAGCAGACGUUUCCUUCUGAAAUUGUUACAAAGGAGGUGUCCAGUAUUAUUUCUACCCUGGAAACGAUACUUACUAAGGGAGAUGUACAAUCUAUGGUGGUUGAAUAUGAAGCACUUAAUGUUGUUAUACGCUUAAUGGAGCAAACUCCAGCCCAGAUGGGAGAAGAGGCUGUGAGGUGGGCAAAACUGAUCAUUCCCCUGGUUGUCCAUUCAGCUCAUAAAGUACAGUUAAGAGGUGCCACUGCCCUGGAGAUGGGCAUGCCAUUGCUCCUCCAGAAACAGCAGGAGGUGGCAGCUGUCACUGAGCACCUCAUGACCACAAAAUUAAUUUCAGAACUUCAUAAACUAUUUUCUACAAAAAAUGAGACGUACGUUUUAAAAUUAUGGCCGCUGUUUGUCAGAUUACUUGGAAAGACUCUGCAUCGAAGUGGCAGUUUUAUCAACUCAUUGCUGCAAUUGGAGGAACUUGGAUUUCGUAGUGGCUCACCAGUGGUAAAGAAAAUAGCCUUCAUUGCAUGGAAGAGUCUAAUAGAUAAUUUUGCUCUCAAUCCAGAUAUAUUGUGCAGUGCUAAAAGGCUGAAAUUGCUCAUGCAGCCACUGAGCUCGAUCCAUGUGAGAACAGAGGCUUUGGCCCUCACAAAGUUGGAGGUCUGGUGGUAUUUACUCAUGAGGCUGGGACCUCAGCUGCCUGCUAACUUUGAACAGGUUUGUGUACCAUUAAUCCAAAGUACUUUAAGUCUGGAUUCUUCUCCUGCAUUGCAAGGAACUCCCUCACGUGUACCAGCCAACCAGAGUUUAGUCUCUGCAACCCCUGUGCAGAAAUCAGGUCCGUACCCUUUUGCAAGUCCAGCCACACCAAGGAUGAACUUGAACUCUAGCACAGCAGGACUGGUGGUGAUUCCUUCCAUUCAGCUUUUAGGAAUCGAAAUGCUGCUUCACUUCUUGAUGGGACCAAAAGUUUUAGACUUUGCUAAGCAAAACAAACUUGUGCUUAGUUUAGAGCCUCUGCAGUAUCCACUGAUCGGUAGCCCUUCUUUUUUUUGUAAGCAUGCCAGCACAUUUAUCAGUGCAGUUCAGGAUGGGUUUAUAGCAAUUGGAAAAGAAGUUCCUGAUUGUACGCUGAAUGUCAUAUGGAAGGACAUAACUGGAUAUGUGAAAACAGCCAUUGAGUCAGGAAAUAAGAAGGAAAAGCAAGGGUCAGAAAUACUGACUAUGUUGCUCCAGGCCUUAAAAAACACUGUUAAUUCAAAUUCUCUUCCAGUGCAGAAAAUACUGUCCCUCAUUGAUAUUACUGUUAAGGAGUUGCCUCCAAAAGUACUGGGAUCACCAGCUUAUCAGAUUGCCGAUAUGGAUCUUUUAAACGGAACACCAGCUUUGUUCUUAAUUCAGCUGCCUUUCCAUAAUGACCUCUUGAAAUGCUGUGUAACAGAUGAAAGAUUCUUUGUAAUUCUGGAAACGCUUGUGGGUUAUGUUUUGUCUGGGCCUACGUCUCCCCUGGCUUUCACUGAAUCUGUGAUCUGCAUUAUUAAUCAGAAUGCAAAGCAAGUGGAAAAUAAGGAGCAUCUUUGGAGAAUGUGGAGUAUUGUUGUUAAUCCGCUAACUGACUGGAUUAAUCGGACUAAUGAAGUAAACCAGGGGGAUGCACUGGAGCACAACUUCAGUGCUGUUUACUGUGCAUUGUUGUUACCAGUAUCACAGAUCUUCCCCACUCAGGGAUUUCCACAGGCAACUAUGAAAUCCUUGUUGUGCACUUGGUCAGACCUGUAUAGAGCAUUUGCUCGCUGUGCUGCUUUAGUUGCAACAGCAGAAGAAAAUCUAUGCUGUGAAGAACUUUGUGCCAAAAUAAUAUCUGGGCUAGAAGGUGAAACUCCAGUAAUGAUUUCAAUGAUGGAAGGUCUCACUCAUAUUUUAUCAGUCAUGGCUGACUGCAUCAACUUUGCACCAUACGAUACUAAAUAUCAGCCAAAAAAUAAAUCUCCACAGACAACUACAGAUUGGUCUAAGAAGAAAAAGGAGCCCCUUGGAAAGCUUGCCUCUCUGUUUAAACUCCUGGUGAUGUUACUAAACUCUUUCCAUGUGUUCAGUUCCAAAGAAAUCUGUUCAGAAACAUUGGUCUCUGUCGGUCCUUCAAUUAUUGCUGUUCUUCACAACAUCAUCAGCCACGUUUCAUUGCCUUCAGUGAUUGGGACUAUGUUUGCAAUUUUUUCAAAACCUAUGGCAGUGUUUUAUGAAAGAACAAAGUUUGCUGAUGUAUCUAAAGUAUACAGUAAUCUUAACAACAAGCUGGAAAAACUCCUGGCCGAGGUUAUUCAGUCUUUACAGUCUCACUGCACUGGGUCUUACGAUAGCAAACUGCUGGAGCAGAUUUCACCGUUGCUCUGUGUAGCAUUUCAGCAUAAGAGCAAACAGAUCCGCAACCAGUGUGCCCAGUUCUGGAAUGCAACAUUCGCCAAGACUACAGCAUUGGAGUAUCCUGAAGAGUUAAAAUCUGUGUUAAACCAAGCCAAAAAGAAAAUUCCACUCCUGCUACCUGGUCUUGAAAGCAUUGAGGGAGCCGAAGAAUACAGUGGCCCAUUCUCUGAUGCGAUGGAAAAUUCACAGCUGGAUGCAAAGAUAAGUGGAAUGGAAGUAAACUUGGGUCAAAACCGAGGUUCUAUACUGGCACAUAUGAGUGAACAAAAAGACGAAGUACAAGACAAGUCUAGUAAUGGGCAAGAGACAUCUGCAAAGUUGAAACUAGAAUUUUCAUCUUUGAAGGCUAAGAGUGAGAUACUUCUGGAAGAGGAGAAAUCCACUGAUUUUGUGUAUAUUCCUCCAGAAACAAAAGCAAGAGUACUGACAGAACAUCAAAAAGAAGUGCUUAGGUCAAAGAGAGUUGGUAUUCCUGUUAUGUACAACAAUUUGGAUGCAUCACAAGAUAGUACCUUAUUUUCUCAGUAUACUCAGAGCCAGGAAGAUUCUUUGGAAAAAUCAUCUUUAAUAGAAAAUGCAAAAGAAGAUAUUAAAACCAAGUCUCAGGAAGAAAAUGCAAAGAGUGAAGGAUGCACCAACAAAUCAGAUAAUCCUCUUGAGAAUGCUGCCUGUGUGAACAAGUCACAAGUUAACAGUGGGGAAGAAUCAGGAAGGGAAACAAGUGGGAUGAUUCUGGAGGAGCCAUCAGCUGGAGAGGGAUCAGAAGGAAGUACUGUGGAAACAGCUUCGACGGAGCUGUUAUCAGGGAAUGAAAAUACUUCAAAUGUCAGCAACAGUUCAACCUCAAGUGACAUAAUUUCUGGAACACCACAGCCUGCAAGCCGACGACAGUCUUUUGUUACCUUGGAGAAAUUUGAUAGUUCAGAGAAGAGACCCUUCAGCCUUUCAGCAUUGGGUGAUGUAUCAGAGACAUCCAGAGGUGCUUCUGUGGCAGGUAAACAGGAAAAGACUAGUGCUAAACUGGAAAAAUCUGGAGAAGAAAAUAAAAAGCCUACAAAAAGUGAACAAAUAUUUACUGCAAUACGAAGGCUGACUCGCAGACAGAGUAAAAUGGAUCACCAGGGGAAUAAGCAGUCCAAGUCAUUAAUCAGGUCAGAACAAGAGAAAAGCAUACAAGAGUCUUCUGCUUCAAAAAGUACAAAAAGUAAUCUGUCUUCUGCAGUAGAAGAUGUGGAACGCAGUCUUCUUGCUCAGUCCCAAGUUCUUCAUUCUACAGAACUAGAAAUUAAAAAAGCUGAGGAUUUGAUAGCAGAAACAGAAAAGACACAGGCAUUAGAUACAGAUUCUAAAGAAAAUACACCCCCAGAGAUGACUGCGUCAUCCGACCAGGUCACAGGCGAUGACAGUCAGGCUCAUGUGUCUUCUAGUCAGAAAACCCUAAGACGUUCUUCAAGACGGCGAUCAGAAACUGUAGAAGGUACAGCAGGUAGUCAAGAUAAGGAAGAUGGCCACCAAAAGAGAGACAGAUGGAAAGACAAUGAAAAAUCUGGGCAAAAGAAGGUGCCACAGGCUAAAGAUGAUUUAUCCCAAAAGCAGAAAGCAGUUUCUGGGAAAGCUACAGAAAAUAAGAAUAAGGAAAGCAACUUACCUGAGAGAACUGCAGAGGACUGCAGCUCAGAGGAGUCUCCUGGUUCAGCAGGUCCUGAUGAGGAAGUGGACAAGACUGCUAGGAGAUCAGAAGAGAACUUGAAGACAGACACAGAAAGUCAAGACUGUAUCUCAAGUACAGCAGGUCAGAAGUUGGAACGCCCACGAUACCACACAAGAAGAGCUUCACAAGGAUUGCUUUCCAGCAUAGAAAAUUCGGAGUCUGGUGGCUCUGAGGCCAAGGAAGAAAGCAUGAGGAAGAAAAGAUCUGCCAAAGUGAAAAAUAGAAGUGAUUUUCUUGAAGGUAAAUUAAAAGAUCUACAGCCAGGAAGCCAUAGCCAUGAGGUGUCUUCCCAAAGAAAUGAAACAAAGGAUCUGUUGGAAGCAAGCAAAGGGGAGCUGAGCUGUGAAGUCAGCACAGAUCCUGCACUGAUGUCUGAACCAUGUGACCCAAAGACCCAAGUGACUUCCACAGAUGCUAGCAAAGUUGUGGAAUCUGCCAUCUCAAAGGAUUCAUCUGGUGUGCAGGACAAGAGUGUGGAACAGAACAAGAGGUACACACUGAUGGAAUCGGUCACCAACCUGUGUGUAGCUGAUCCAGAUCUGAAAGCAGUAGAGAAAGGCAAAGAUAUCGUGAAACAAACAACUGUAGAGGACUGUAAUGCAACCGUUCUGUCUGAAUGUGUAUCCACACCAAAUACUUCAGGUGGUGAUCUUUCCUUUUCACAAAUACCCGAGUGUCACCACAAAAGAAGCAAAAGGCUGAAAAAACCAAAGAGCUGUAGCUGCUGUUAUAAAAAGUUAAAGGAAGAUGUAUUGUCGCUGACUGAAUUAAAAAAUAAGAACACUCAUGAACCAAGUGAGCCACAAAUCACCCCAGUUCAGACGCCUGGCAAUACAUCAGAGGUGUCCAGUAAUUCACAUUUGGACAAGAGCUUGUCCAUGGCACCUUGUGCAAUGAGCACUCCACUGCAUCCUCCUAAGGAACCUAGUGCCUUUAACUUGGAAAGAAAGGGAUCAUCUGAGGAUAACCUGGAAGGAAAGAGCUCUGUACUGGAGGAGGAUCUAGAAAAUCCAGUAUGUGUAGCAGGUGAAAUCACUGACCCUGUAGUAGAAACGGAAGAACUUGCUGAUGAGGAUGGCCAAACUGAACAGUGUCUGUCCAAGUGUGUGCCAGAAGAGCCUGGUGGAAGCAGUCUGGUUGCAGAGAAUCAAAAUGAAGAACCAGUAGCUACAGAAGAGGAAGAAACUGGUCUGAAUGAACAGCUGGAGGAGAUACCUGAGGCAGUAGUUGUUAGCAAGCCUGAUCAAAAACAGAUGAAUGAGCAAGAAAGCAGUUGUGGUGAUAAAGAAGCAGAUGAGAAUACUGUAGGAGAAAUGUGUAUUAAUCAAGAUAAAGAGAUAAAGGAGGAAUUAGAGGAAACUGAAAUUACAGUGCCUGAAAAUAUGGUCUUGGAUAAAGGAGAUGCAGUAGAAAAUAACAUCGUGGAUUCACCUCAGAAGCCACAAGAUGAUGAUUCUUUAGUGGUAGUUAAUGAAAGCCCUAAUGGUGUGCAAGCACGCUGCAUGUGGUCUCCUUCAGCUUCUCCGUCCACAAGUAUUUUAAAGAGAGGUGUAAAAAGAAAUCAAGAUGAUGAUUCCCUGUCAUCCCCUAAUAAGAUUCGUCGAGUCUCUUUUGCAAAUCCAAUUUAUCAAGAAGGACUGGCAGAUGACAUAGAUAGAAGAAGCCCUGUCAUUAGAUCCCAUUCUUCACCAUCUUCCCGAAGUCUUAAAAUUUUAUCUAAUAUUCAGGUCAAGCAUAUUACCACUCCAACCAAAGGAUUUCUGUCCCCAGGAUCUCGUAACCCUAAAUUUAAGAGCUCAAAGAAGUGUUUAAUCACAGAAAUGACGAAGGAGUCACUGCCUGGCCCCAUGGAAUGCAUGUAUCCUGCCUUAGUUGGCUGCAAAGCACCAGUGGAUGUAAUUUUACCUCAGAUUACAUCAAACAUAUGUGCCAGAGGUUUGGGGCAGCUUAUUCGAGCAAAGAACAUUAAGACAGUGGGUGAUCUGAGUACUUUGACAGCAUCAGAAAUCAAAACUCUUCCCAUCCGCUCUCCGAAAAUUUCCAAUGUUAAAAGAGCUCUGAAAGGCUAUCAUGAGCAACAGGUAAAAUCUCGAGGAUUUGAGGAAAUGGCAGUUCUUGAAGACACAGAAAAGGCCAUGAAUAACGUAGAAGAUAAAUCUCUUUCUGUAGAUGAAGAAAAACUUGCAACAGAUUUGAUUGAGCCCAUUGUUGUGAAUACAAAUGACCAGCCCCCAGCGGAUCUGAUGAGCCAGAUUGAUGCACUUGCUGCUCAGCUGAGCACUGAAGACCUUCACAGUUAUUCAGGCAGCCAACUUUUUGAGAUGCAAGAAAAACUUGUUGGCAUGACAAACUGUAUCAUGAAGAAUCUGCAGUCUCGCUGGAAGUCGCCACCCCAUGAAAGUUCAGAUUAGGUGCUUAUCAUUCCUAAAUACGGAGUUUUUUGUUACAACAGUUUUGCCCAAACCCUUCUUCUCUUACUGAUUAAUUAUUUCUUAAACUGUGUAUUUUGUACUAUAAAAGAUUUUUUAACACCUAUGUCAGAAAAAUAUGUUGGGGUUUUUUUUUCCUUUUUUAUUUCCUUUUUUUGGGGGGUGGGGUUUUUGUUUUGUUUCGCUUUUAGGGUUUUUUGGGGUUUGUUUUUUCUUUGUUGUUGUUGUAAUUUGCGGGAUUGCUUAUUCCCUAUUAUUGUAUUGUAUUGCUAUGCAUAUUUCUUUCAGGUAGUGAAAGAAAACUCUACAAAGUUGUGCAAUAGCAAAGACUGUGAAACCAAACCAACAGAGUAGUUAUUUUUUCAAAUCUGAAGUGUUCUUACUGCUGCAGACUCGUAGUACUUGGUAAGAGGUUGCUGGCUCCACUCACCUGCUGCCCCUGUUGGCUUCCUGUGAAGCUGUUGAAACCCUGACAGCAGCAAUCUCUCAGCACACCAUUCUGCAUUGAGAUAAGAUGUGCUUAAUUCCACAGCAGCAGUCCAGGAGCCUGGUAUUUGACAGACAGGGGACAUCUAUUUUUUGCAUGUAUUUUUCUUAUGAAUCACACUAAGAAGCUGAUAAUGAAAUGUGUCCUUACAGGCAAGAGACUUUGUAAAACUCUCAGGCUUUUCCCCAUAUUCUUUGUUUGCAGCAGUUCUCCUUCUGUAGAGAAGACUUUUUCCUUUGGAAAUGGAUAAAUUUGACAAGAUACCUUUGUAUAUUGUGUACAGACUUAUAGCAAAUGUUGGUUAAUAAUUUAUGAUGUCAAGUUUUAAUUGUAUGGAAUGCAUUGCUGCUUCUCAGAGACCUUCAGAGAGAGUUCUCGAUUUUUACUCUGGAAAUCUAAUUUGUAUAUAGUGUUCUGUAGCUACCAAAAUGAAUGUUUAUUGAAAGGAAUUGCUGCACCUGGUUUUAGAACUUACACAUUGGCGAAUAAAAGAGCAGAUAGUUCCCAAACUUGUUAA